AUGGAAAAUAUAUGUAAAUAUUGUAAUGGUAAAGUGAUGCGACCGGUGCAUUGCACAGUAUGCAAUGCUGCCUUUUAUCCAAGUUGUGCAACAGCGGGUGGAGUCAUUAAUAAUCAAGAAAAGAUUGUUUGUUGUCAGCCGCAUGAAAGUGAGGUUAACCUGGAUGUACAAAAGAAGUUGGAAAUUGUUGUGGAAAAAAUGUUAAUAAAGCAUCUAACCCUGCUAAAACAAGAAUUGGAAUCAAGUUACCGUGAGGAAAUUAAUGAGAUAAAAAAAACAGUACAAUUCAUGUCGGACUGUUUUGAUGAAAUUAAAGUCAUAUCUACUGGUGCCAUAAAUGAAGUAAAAAUGAUUAAAGAAGAAAAUACUGGUUUAAUUAACAGAAUACAGCAACUGGAACAUAAAAUUAAUAUCCAAGAACAAGUUUCUAAAGAAAAAAAUAUUAUUUGA